CUUGUUUCUGCUUUUACAAGCCACAAUGUCUAAACGUUCUUUCAAGAAAUUUGUGGAACAAGAACUCGGAUCUCGUCCUCAUUUCCUCAUCUACACUGUUCUUGAAUGGAGCCUCAUCGUUAUCCUCUUCAUCGACGGCUUUAUCGCCUUUCUGUCAAACCAAUUCGCCAAAUUCUUCGACCUCAACAUGCCUUGUCUUCUCUGCACCAGAAUCGACCACAUUCUCGUCCCUAGAGACCCUCGAUUCUAUUACAAUGAGUCAAUCUGCGACUCUCACAAGAAGAAAGUAUCUUCUCUUGCUUAUUGCCAUGUCCAUAAGAAGCUCUCUGAGAUCAAACAUAUGUGUGAAGGAUGUCUUCUCUCUUUCGCCACCGAGAAAGAAUCUGACUGUGAUACUUAUAAGUCUCUCAUUGGCAUCUUACACAAAGAUCUCGAGCUUCUCAUUGACGAUGAACGAGAACUUCCCUUGGCAUUCAAGAAAGACGACAAUUUUGUCCAGACAACAAAAAAUCUGGUGGAUUACAAGACCAACAUUAAAAAUGAUAGCUUGAAGCAACAUUGUUCGUGUUGCGGAGAAUUAUUGAAGAUAAAAUCUGAGAAGUUGCCGAAGAACAACAAUUCUUUCCUUGCUCCUGCUCCUUCUCCUAGGGUUUCGCACAACAAACUGUCUGAAAGAGAAUCUGAGUUUAAGGAUCUGGAUGUGGACAGAACACCGAAUUUUGUAAGAGGAGGUAACAAGUUUUUUGGGAUCCCUCUGUCUGAUUCGGUACAAAACAGUCCACGAUGGUCCGUUCGGUCUCUUAAGAAGUCCCUUUUGGAUAAGACAGAGAAUGCUUCGGACACGGCAGAUUCAAACGGUGAAUCCAUCCUUAAUCAGCUCAAGAAAGAGGUUCGCUUGGACAAGAAGUCACUUAUUGAUUUGUAUAUGGAGUUAGAUGAAGAGAGAAGUGCUUCAGCUGUUGCAGCCAACGAAGCGAUGGCUAUGAUCACGAGGCUUCAAGCCGAGAAAGCUGCUGUUCAAAUGGAGGCUUUGCAGUACCAAAGAAUGAUGGAUGAACAAGCAGAGUAUGACCAAGAAGCUUUGCAGUCGAUGAGUAGCGAAUUGGCAAAGAGGGAGGAGGAAAUGAAGGAGCUUGAAGCUGAGUUUGAGGCUUAUAGAGAGAAAUAUGGAUGUUUGACAGAUGAAGAAGAUGCAAGAGAAGAGUUUCAUGAACAAAACGGCAAUGCUAGUCAAAAUGAUGAUUGCCAAGAAACCAAGCCCGUCUCGGAUUUGACCGUCUGUUAUUCAAAUCAGGAGGAGAAUGGCGAAAACAUCGAUCAAAAUGGUUCAACUCAAUCAAAAGAUACAGGUUAUGUAGCACAAAGGUCAGAGGAGUCUACCGCGGAAAAGGAUGUCUCUGCAGAUGAAGAAAAGGGGACUGAAAGCAAAGAAGGAAUAGUAAGAGAGCUUUCAGAUAUCACAGAGAGACUAAGUGCUCUUCAAUCAAAUGGUGAUCUGUUAAAACAUAUUGCUGAUGUUUUGGAUGUUAGUGAAGGAGAAGCAAUUCUAUUGCAGAUCUCUCAGAAUUUGCACAUGCUUCGUAGUUUUGUUGCCAUGCCUUCAGAAUCCAUGAACUUAGUUGUAAUCUUCCUUGCAUUAUGCAUCACUCUCUUCACGAACCCUACUCUCGCACUCCCAGCCCUAAAACUUAACCCUUUACAAGAUUUUUGUGUAGCUGAUCUCCAAGCUACACCAACCAACAGUGGCUUCCCCUGCAAGUCACAAGUCACCUCUGAAGACUUCUUUUAUUCCGGCUUGAACACUCCUUUAAACACUUCGAACCCAAAAGGUAUUGCCGCUAAUCCAGCCAAUCUCUUGACCUUUCCGGGCCUAAACACUUUGGGAAUAUCCAUGUACAAUGUUGCAAUUGCACCUGGAGGAUACAACCAACCUCACUCUCACCCUGGUGCGACCGAGGCAGGGGUCGUGAUCGAAGGUUGGGUCUUGGUUGGGUUCUUGACGACAAACAACACGUUGUACUCGAAGGUUAUUGGACCCGGUGAUAUGUUUGUGAUUCCUCCGGGACUCAUUCAUUACGAGGGGAACGUUGGGAAAACGCAAUGCCGUCUUUUGACGGUUGUUGCUGACGACUUGCCUAGCGAGGUUGGUGUGCCUCACACUCUGUUUGCUACGAAACCCGCGAUUCCAGACGCAGUAUUGAUGGCGGCGUUCAAGGCGGAUAGUAAAACAAUCGACAUGCUCAGGUCAAAGUUUACUACUUAACAAAUGUUCUAUAGUUCCUCUAAAAAUGUAACUUUUUUUAAUGAGUUUACUUAAAUGAAUAACAGACAUCAAU